AUGACAUGGCAGCAAGACAGCAUUGAAGACUUCGACCAAGCAUCCAAUGAUGCAAUAUUUCCUGCUAACCUCCCCCCUCAAGCUCAAAUCAUGGAGCUUGUUGAACUGUUCUUUUCGAACUCCUAUGCGUUCCUGCCUUGUGUCCAUAAGUCGGAACUUCUCAAAGACGUCAAGAGCGGUCAACUUCAAAAAGAAACUCCAGCGCUUCUAUAUGCUAUCUCUGCAAUAGCGGCACAGCACCAUCCAGAGCCGGCCAUUCAGGUUUGCCGCGGUGAUUGGUUUGACCAAGCCAAGUUCCUGUUUGAGCUCACGCAACGAGAUAGCCUACCGGCCCUACGAAUUUUGCAAGCUGGCGUUUGUAUCGUACACCAUGCAUGGACCGUAGGCGAUUACUCCACAGCAUGGCACGCCCUUGGGAAAACGUGGAGACAGGCGUGCUCUUAUGGGUUGAAUCAACUCGACGUAGGACCGAUGCAACCACCUGGACUCAGACUCGCCCCAGUUUCGAAGGAUGCCCGGGAGAAAGAUGAAUUUCGCAGAGUCCUUUGGACGUUGCUAUUUUAUGAUAGAGAUCAAUCAUGGGCGACAGGCUGGCCUCAAACGAUCGCUGAUCGACAUUACUUGGUUAAUCUUCCUUCGGAGGAUUCACAUUUCCAAUCCAAAACCAUGUCGGUAAAUGAAUCCACACCAUUCUAUUGGAACUUGAACAAGCUGAUAAAUUCACCAUCCAAUUCGAUCCAGCAUACCAACACCUUCCAUUGCGUAAUUAAAGCGUAUGUCAUUCUUGGACGAGCAACUGAUCAAAUUAAUGCUUUGCAUGACACAGAAGAGUCUGCAGAGUACGAACAAGGGCUUGACAUUCUUGAUUCCCACCUAGUAAGAUUCCGGCUAAGCCUACCACGAUCUGCGACCUCCAUCCACGCAACUUCUCCAGAAGAUCAUGCAAACGUCAUCUGGCUUAUGAGCAUUCUCAGUACCAUCACUAUUUUGCUCCACUAUCGAGCUUCUUCCAAAGAAUCGCCUCUGGACGAAACCCGUUUCCUCCGUUGCGUCUCCGUGGCCCGCAACACGGUACACAUGGUCACCGAUGUGUCCCGAAUAUCUCCAGAACCUCUACUGAAUCCUCACAUACCUGCUAUGCUGUAUCUAGCCGCCGCUGUUCUCCUUGUGCACUGGAGGGAAAGCAAAGUCGAUAAACUCAAAGACGAGAUCGAUAUCCUGAGCCUCGUUUUCGAUCGCUUCCACGACGUUUUUCCAGCCCUUGGAAAGAAGUUCAAACAGGGGAUUGAGUAUGAUCUUAACAUGAAUGAGGAUGGCAUACGAAAAGCGAAACAGGCAGGCGCGAAAGGAUUGCUGGGGGAUUGUGCGAGGUGGCAGAUGCCAACUCGUUAGAUUUUGGCAAGUACGUGUCUCUC